AUGCCACACCGUUGUCUCAGCCGCCAGUGUCACCACGGGACAAGCACUCGCCUCAACACCAGCGGCGACAAGAACAAGAACAGCACGAACAGCAGCAGCAGCAGCAGCAGCAACAACAAGAAGAAGCGCCGCCGCAACGACAUGUUGGCCACCGUGUCGUCGUUUGUCGACGACCUUCCCCCCUUCUACGCCACUGCGGCGUGGUACCACGUCGGGGAACAACGGCGAGACGGGGGAAUUGUCAACCUGGACUCGCUCGCCGCCUACUUUAGCGAGCUGGACAAGACUGCUUCAACAGCCACCCGCGUCGCAGGAGUGUCGCCGAGCAAGAAUGGCCUCAAGAAGAUGCUCGCCACCGAUACCUCGCCACCCGACCCAUCCUACAUAGACUUUGCGCCAUCACGACCCCGGAUCGCCGACCUUUUGCACGUCGACCAGAGGUCGCCAGAGACCGACGACGAGCGGUCUGUCGACUGCGUUAUGACGUGCUCCCCGCCAUGA